AUGGCCAUUCCAGACGAAUUUGACAUAAUCGUUGCCGGUGGUGGAUCAGCCGGCUGCUGUAUUGCAGGCCGUCUUGCCAACCUGGAUCCUGAACUCAAGGUGUGUCUGAUUGAGGCUGGUGAGAAUAACCUCAAUAACCCAUGGGUUUACCUGCCAGGUAUCUACCCUAGAAACAUGCAGCUGGACUCGAAGACUGCCACCUUCUACACUGCGGAGCCAUCUCCACACCUGAAUGGUCGUCGUGCGAUUGUUCCAUGUGCUAACAUUUUGGGUGGUGGUUCUUCCAUCAACUUCAUGAUGUACACCAGAGGUUCUGCUUCUGACUAUGAUGACUGGGAGACCGAGGGCUGGACUACCAAGGACCUGUUGCCAUUGAUGAAGAAGACUGAGACGUAUCAACGUGCCUGUAACAACCGUGACAUCCACGGUUUUGAGGGCCCAAUCAAGGUUUCCUUCGGAAACUACACUUACGACAAUUGUCAGGACUUCUUGCGUGCUGCUGAGUCUCAGGGAAUUCCAGUUGUUGACGACUUGGAAGACCUGGUUACGGCCCAUGGUGCUGAACACUGGCUAAAGUGGAUCAACCGUGACACUGGUCGUCGUUCUGACUCUGCUCAUGCCUUCAUCCAUUCUACUAUGAGAAACAAGGACAAUUUGUUCCUGGUGACAUCCACCAAGAUCGACAAGAUCAUUGUCGAGGACGGACGUGCUGUUGGAGUGAAGACCGUUCCAAGCAAGCCACUUGACCCCAAAAACCCAAAGACACGUACUUUCCGUGCCCGCAAGCAGAUUGUUUUGUCUUGUGGAACCGUUUCUUCACCAAUGGUGUUGCAAAGAUCUGGAUUUGGUGACCCACAGAAAUUGCGUGCAGCUGGUGUGAAGCCAUUGGUCAAUCUUCCAGGUGUCGGCCGCAACUUCCAGGAUCACUACUGUUUCUUCACUCCUUACCGUAUCAAGCCUCACCUUGAGUCGUUUGAUGACUUUGUCCGUGGUGACAAGGAUGUCCAGAAGAAGGUGUUUGACCAAUGGUAUGCGAACGGGACUGGUCCUUUGGCUACCAACGGUAUCGAGGCUGGUGUCAAGAUUCGUCCUACCGAGGAGGAGCUUGCUGCUAUGGACUCUGAUUUCAGAGAGGGAUACGAAGAAUACUUCAGAAACAAGCCAGAUAAGCCUGUGAUGCAUUACUCUGUCAUCUCCGGAUUCUUUGGAGACCACACCAAGAUUGCCCCAGGCAAGUACAUGUCGAUGUUCCACUUCUUGGAGUACCCAUUCUCCCGUGGAUACGUUCAAAUCAAGUCUGCUGACCCUUACGCAGCUCCAACCUUUGACCCCGGUUUCAUGAACGACAAGCGUGACAUGGCUCCAAUGAUCUGGGCUUACAAGAAGUCGCGUGAGACUGCACGUCGUAUGGAUGCAUUUGCAGGUGAGGUUACUUCGCACCACCCAUACUUCCCUUACGACUCUGAUGCCCGUGCCUUGGAGAUGGAUCUCGAGACUUCAAAGGCUUACGGUGGUCCAUUGCACUUGUCGGCUAACCUUGCUCACGGAUCCUGGUCUCAGCCAAUUGGCAAGCCAAGCAUCAAGAACGCUGACCACUGUACCUCGAACCAGGUGGGACUUCACGCCGAGAUCGAGUACACCAAGGAAGACGACUUGGCCAUUGAGAACUACAUCAAGGAACACACCGAGACUACGUGGCAUUGUCUUGGAACCAACUCCAUGGCUCCACGUGAAGGCUCAAAGAUUGCCCCACACGGUGGUGUUCUUGACCCUCGUGCUAACGUGUAUGGUGUUAAGGGUCUCAAGGUUGGUGACUUGUCCGUGUGUCCCGACAAUGUUGGAUGCAACACUUACACCACUGCUUUGUUGAUUGGUGAGAAGAUUGCCACUUUGGUUGCCGAGGACCUCGGAUACUCUGGAGACGAUCUUGCCAUGGAAGUUCCUCAGUUCAAGCUGGGAACUUACGAGAAGACGGGUCUUGCCCGCUUCUAA